CCGAACAAUGUUUCCGAAAAAACGUAACGUCUAUGGUCUAAACUGUGUAGUCUCAAGACGUUGACUGAACACUUCAUUACAAAUUACUAUAACAUAAGUGUUUAACAUAGACAUAGUGCCAAGGACAUGUACGAUACCGUCGACUUUAAUGCUCAGCUAGCCUCCAUCAUUGAGGUUUUGGCGAAUGCAGCCGUUGCAGAAAUCUGCAAACUUGUAGAUGACGGCCAUGCUGCCUUACGUUUGGAGAUUUCCCAUAGCCAGAAAGAAAUCGAUAACCUGCGGAGGAAGCUGCUUUUGACAAAGUUCCAGAAUUCUCGACGGAGCGCAGAGAAAUUCGGAACCCUCCGACACACCGUAAACAGGCGCGACACCGAUCUUGUUGCCCGGGGAAGAGAGAGCUUCAUAGGAAAGUCCACAGGCAGACUUGGAUAUUUGGAGAAUCGUUUUGCCGACAUUAAAGGGGGCAACUUUAAGCAGGAUGUCACCAACUGGAGAGACGCAAGACGCACAGCGACAGAACAGGAUGGGGGCAUGCAGAUGGCAGAUAUGCAAGAGGAACCUCUUCUCAAAAUGGAGAACCUUGACACUAGCAGAAUGGAAGAGAUUGUCCAACCGGUCAGUGAGACCAGUGAGAAGAUUGUUGUGGCAGAACCAGGUGCUUCAUCAUCUAUUGAAACCACAGACCUUCUGGACCAGCAGGGUAACAGACACAGAGCUCCAGACACCGCACUCAAUAUAGAACCUGAAAACCAGACGUUCCAGCAUCCAGCAUCACAAUACAACAGAGCAAGACAGGACCAUCAGGUUGCUGACUGUGUUACCUGGGAAACUGACCAUCAACCCAUAGCAUACAGCCUGUCUCAAUGGAGAGAGAAGCAAGAGACUGACAACCGAACUGUGAAUGCUCCUCACAAUGCAGGGCCAGACUCCAAGAGGCUGUCUGAACAUCCAGAGAGGAGAGGGGCACCUGGUAACUCUGUGGUCUGCAUGUCUGCUUUGGGCUCUCUGGACUGGCUGCCUGAUGUGAUGCUGGUGGACUCGGUUCCCAUUAAAGUGGAGGCAGAUAUGAGUUCAGAAUGGAGCAUAAUGGGCCAAGAGGCAACAUCUGGAGAGGUCUGUUCGGAGGGCAGGCAGCUUGUGGACAACAGAGGAAGAGGGGGAAUGGAGUCUGGACAGACAAAGUGUCCCACUGACACUCAAAACACAGAGCAAGGGACAACUGUAGGAUCAAGGUCCAAGUUGACAGAUUUCAAUGGACUGUCCACCCCAAACAGCUUUUCAUCCCCAAGGGUUACUCUCCACCAGGUUCCCCAAAGAGGGAAGCAAGCCCCCUUCCCGAAUUUCAACAGAGGCUCCACUUCUUCAUCAAAGGGCAUAGAAAAGCAGCCGCAACAACUAACGUCUUGUUCGGCCAAGAGGCAGCUCCGGUGCAGCCUCUGCGGAAAACCUUUCCCCAAGCCGGCGCACCUGCAGAGGCACAUGCGGGUCCAUACAGGGGAGAAACCAUACGGCUGCAGCCACUGCACCAAGCGCUUCUCCCACAGUCACCAGCUGAAGAUGCAUGAGAGGGUGCACACUGGAGAGAAACCAUUUCAAUGUGUCUACUGCGGGAAGUGCUUCACCCAGUCUGGCCACAUGAAGAAGCACCUCCUCGUCCACACUGGCAGCAGGCCACAGGACGUUGGGCUGCCCUGAGUGUUCCAGGGUGAAGUUUCCCCUAGGUACAGAUCUAGGAUCAGCUUCCUCUCCCCCAAUCCUAACCUUAACCAUUAGUGGGGAAAACUAUCAAACACUGACACAAGAUCUCCCUCACCACGUGACCAGACCAGGGAAAAACCCCUGGCCCUAGUUGUAAGCGGAAUGGCUCCACAUUACUGGGGUUUCAUAUGAAAACUGUGUUUAAAAAAAUAACUUAAAUACUUCCAAUAUUUUUUUUUCUUGUUUUUCAACAAACAAAACAAUCCACAUUCACAGAUGUGGCAGAAAUAAAAUAAAAUAAAACAAACAACAAAUUUGCAGCAGCACAAUCAGUAAUUUGCAAUUUCCAGCUUUCACUGAGACAAUGAGCAAAUAAUUCGUUUUACAGCACUUUACACAUAAUGUGUAUACACACAUUUCCUUAAUCAACCCAUUCACUCUUUCCAGUUUGAAAUAUAGUUGAGUAGUGGAGACCAGAGUCAAUCGAACCUGGGCUGUCUCUCGCGGAGGUCAUAAGUUAGCUUUUCAAGAGGAAGAAAGUCAACAAUCUGGUCAAUUCACAUUUUAAAUGUAGGACAGGAAUUAGAAGCCCACCGUGGGAGAAUACAACUUUUAGCAAAGUAUGUAAUAGACAUAAACACAUUUUCUCUGUCUGGAUCAAGAACAAAGUCCUGCUGAGCAUUAAGAAGAUAGCCAUGGGGUCAUAUCAAACUACAUCUAAUAUUUUCAAUGCAGCAGUAUGUAUAGAUUGCCAGAAUCUGUCAGUCUCUCUACAACGCCAAAAUACAUGCAUGUAAGUUCCACUUUCAGACACAGGAGGUUGGUGGUACCUUAAUUGGGGAGGAUGGGC